AUGGCAGACUCUGUGGAGGCACACGAUGUCACAGAGGUGUCGGGGACGCCGGGAGGACUGGAGGAGGGGCAUACAGCAGCGGAGCCCAGCGUCCUGCUGAGCAGAGACAAUCCAGUCGGUGCCACAAGCACCCCGGACGAUGAGCCAACAACGGCACCCGUCUCACCGGCGGCUCCGCUGUCCGUGCCGGCCGUGCUGCGGCUGCGCGGCGUCCCGUUUGCCGCCAACGAGAGCAACAUCAUGCAGUUCUUUGGGCAGGCUGAGGACAUUCAGCAGCCAAUUGAGGUGUACAUCUGCCGCAGGAACGGCCGCAGCACGGGCGAGUGCUAUGUUGUGCUGCCGUCCGCCGCGGACGCUGUCUCGGCGAGGCAGCAGCUCGACAAGCGCCACAUAGGCCACAGAUAUAUAGAGAUUUUCGAGGCCAGCAUGCCUGAUCUGGAGGCGGUCAGGAAGAUCCUAGAGGACGCCCGCCCCCGCGGCCACUGCCUGCGCCUCCGCGGCCUGCCGUUCAGCGCGACCGCCGCUGACGUCAUCGCGUUCCUGGAGGGCGUCCAGCUGGCGGAGGGGCCCGGCGCGAUCGUCUUCACGUUCACGGCGGACGGGCGCCCGACGGGCGAGGCGUACGUCGAGGUGGUCGACGAGGCCGCGGUCGCCGCCGCGAUGCAGAAGCACAAGGAGCUCAUGGGGGCGCGCUAUAUCGAGGUGUUUGCCAGCACGAAGCACGACCUGGUGCAGGCGGCGCAGCAGGCGCAGUUCCAGCAGAGCCAGGCGGCGCUGCGGCGGCAGUGGGCGGCGCUGAACGCGCUGCCGGGCGCUGGCGGCGCGCCGGGCGGCGGCGCUGGCGGGGUUGGCGGUGGGGCCAGGGCGGCGGGCGGCGCGGGGCAGUACGGCUUGCCGUAUGGCAUCGGCGGCCCCAGCGGGGGUGGGGACAUGGCGGGCCUGGCGCAGGCGCUGGCGGGCAUGAGCCUCGGCAGCCGCCAGGUGCAGCAAGCCCCCGGCGGCGGCGCGUAUGUCGUUGCGCCCGACAUGAUGAUGCAGUAUGGGGGCGUGCCCUAUGGCGCCAGCAUGGGCCCCGUGGCCAUGCCUUACUAUGUGGUGGACCCCGCAGGCAUGGGUGCCGCAGCCGCUGCCGGCGGCUUCGCCGGCGGCGGCGGCGGCGGCGCAGCCGGCGGCGCCAGCGGCGGCGGCCGCGGGGCGCAGCACCGCGGGUUGUAUCAGCAGGCGCAGCACCAGCAGCAGGCUGGAGUGAUGAUGGGCGCUUAUGGCCAGCAGGGGGUGUUCAUGCCCGCGGGCACCAUGGUGCCCCAGCCGCAGCAGCAGCUGGUGCAGCAGCAACAGCAGCAGCAGCAGGCGCAGCAGCAGCAGUACAUGCAGCAGUGGCAGCCUGGGGUUGGUGUCCAGGGGAUGCAGUCCGGCCCGGACUGGGGCUACACAGGCGCCAUGCAGCAGGGCGUUGCCUCCCAAUCAGCACCUGGGCAUUUCGGGCAAGGGAUGCUGGGGCAGCCGCCACGCGGGCCAAACCACGGGCAGCUGUGA